AUGAAGCUGUUCCAUCAAAUUAUCCUGGGUCUGGUGCUGAUCCUCACAAUAAUGAGUUCCUUCAUUAAUGCUGAGUCUUCGGAUGAUAAGGAUGUCAAUCGGGAGUCGGAUGAAUCUCUAAUUGGAAAUGCGGAAUCGGAUGAAACUUUGCCCGCCGACGUUCAACAGGAUUAUCUCAAUGUGGGAGACUAUGUGCGACCACCUCCUCCAUGGUGGUUCUAG